AUGAGAUACAUUGGUUACUUUCUUUUGCCUCUGGCAACGGUCAGCGCUUACCUGGUGUCCGAGCAGGUUGACGUUCAAGCCAGUCUGCUCACUGACCCAGAAGAAGUCGCCGACAAGAAGUUCGAUUACAUUAUCGCCGGUGGUGGUUUGACUGGUCUAACUGUGGCCGCCAAACUCACAGAGAACCCUAACAUUGAGGUCCUGGUUGUUGAAAAGGGCUUUUACGAGUCCAACGACGGGCCGAUUACCGAGGACCCAAACGCGUACGGUCAAAUUUUCGGCACCACUGUGGACCAGAACUACCUCACUGUCCCCCUUAUCAACAACCGUACCGACAAUAUCAAGUCUGGAAAGGGCCUUGGAGGAUCUACGUUAAUCAACGGUGAUUCAUGGACCCGCCCUGAUAAGGUCCAGAUCGAUUCGUGGGAGAAGGUUUUCGGCAACGAGGGGUGGAACUGGGACAACGUAUUCAAAUACAUGAACCAGGCUGAACGUGCCCGUGCUCCGAAUGCUGCCCAGAUCGCCGCCGGCCAUCACUUUGACCCUGCUUGUCACGGAUUCAAUGGCACCGUUCACGCUGGACCCCGUGACAACGGCCAGCCUUGGUCUCCCCUGAUGAAAGCGCUUAUGAACACUACUUCUGCCUUUGGCGUCCCAACUCAGGUGGAUUUCCACUGUGGGCACCCUCGCGGUGUUUCCAUGAUUCCUAAUAACCUGUUGGAGGAUCAGGUGCGCGCCGAUGCAGCCCGCGAAUGGCUCCUUCCCAACUAUCGCCGGAAAAACCUAAAGGUCUUGACCGGGCAGGCUGUGGGAAAGGUCAUCUUUGAUCAGGAUGCCCCCGGCCUGAAGGCAAUUGGAGUGAACUUUGGCAGGAACAAGGCCGUUAACUUCAAUGCCUACGCCAGUCAUGAGGUUUUGUUGGCAGCCGGCUCUGCGAUCUCGCCUUUGAUCUUGGAGUACUCCGGUAUUGGCCUGAAAUCCGUCCUUGACAAGGCUAACGUUCCCCAGCUUCUGGAAUUGCCUGUCGGUAUCAAUAUGCAGGAUCAGACUACAACUACCGUCCGCGCGCGUAGUACUCCCGCUGGUUUUGGCCAGGGCCAAGCUGUCUACUUCGCCAAUUUCACCGAGACUUUCGGUGAAGACGCCCCGUACGCCGCUGAGUUACUCAACACCAAGCUUGGUCAAUGGGCCGAGGAAACUGUCGCACGGGGUGGCUUUCACAAUGUCACCGCACUCAAAGUCCAGUAUGAAAACUACCGUGACUGGCUGCUUUAUGAGGACGUGGCUUUUGCCGAGUUGUUCCUGGACACAUCGGGACAGAUUAAUUUCGACCUGUGGGACCUCAUUCCAUUCACUCGCGGUUCUACCCACAUUCUCAGCAGCGAUCCUUAUCUCUGGCAAUUUGCCAAUGAUCCCAAGUUCUUCUUCAAUGAACUAGACCUUCUUGGUCAGGCUGCCGCGUCCAAACUCGCCCGCCAGCUGCAGAACAGUGGAGCCAUGGCGGACUAUUUCGACGGCGAGGUCAUCCCGGGCGCUAAACUCCCCUAUGAGGCUACUCUGGAGGAAUGGGCUGAAUACGUCAAGGAUAACUUCCGUGCUAACUGGCACGCCGUGAGUACCUGCUCCAUGAUGUCGAGGGAGCUUGGUGGUGUUGUUGACCCAACAGCUAAGGUCUAUGACACCCAGGGCCUCCGCGUUAUUGACGGCUCUAUCCCUCCUACUCAGGUGUCCUCUCACGUUAUGACAAUAUUUUACGGAAUGGCUCUGCGCAUUGCCGAAUCCAUCUUGGAGGACUAUGCGAGGGCAUAA